CUGAGCCGGCCGCCACCGCCUAGCAGUCCUCCAGCAGUCAGUACGUCCGUUCGCCUGUGCGUUCUCCGCGGGUCGCGGCGGGUCCGGCAGCCGAGCCCAUGCAGCCGCGCAGCGAGCGCCCGGCAGGCAGGACGCAAAGCCCGGAGCACGGCAGCCCGGGGCCCGGGCCGGAGGCGCCGCCGCCGCCGCCGCCGCCGCAGCCACCGGCCCCGGAGGCAGAGCGCGCACGUCCUCGGCAGGCCCGGCCCACGGCCCCAAUGGAGGGUGCAAUGCAGCUGCUGAGCCGUGAGGGCCACACUGUGUCCCACAACUCCAAACGGCACUACCACGACGCCUUCGUGGCCAUGAGCCGCAUGCGGCAGCGUGGCCUCCUGUGUGACAUCGUCCUGCACGUGGCGGCCAAGGAGAUCCGAGCACACAAGGUGGUGCUGGCCUCCUGCAGCCCCUACUUCCACGCCAUGUUCACAAAUGAGAUGAGUGAGAGCCGCCAGACGCACGUGACACUGCAUGACAUUGACCCUCAGGCCCUGGACCAGCUGGUGCAGUUUGCGUACACGGCUGAGAUCGUGGUGGGCGAAGGCAACGUGCAGACUCUGCUCCCAGCUGCCAGCCUCCUGCAGCUGAAUGGCGUCCGUGACGCCUGCUGCAAGUUCCUGCUGAGUCAGCUCGACCCCUCCAACUGUCUGGGCAUCCGGGGCUUUGCCGACACGCACUCUUGCAGUGACCUGCUCAAGGCAGCACACAGGUAUGUGCUGCAGCACUUUGUGGACGUGGCCAAGACCGAGGAGUUCAUGCUGUUGCCACUAAAGCAGGUGCUGGAACUGGUCUCUAGCGACAGCCUGAACGUGCCUUCAGAGGAGGAUGUCUACCGUGCCGUCCUGAGCUGGGUCAAACAUGACGUGGAUGCUCGGAGGCAGCACGUCCCAAGGCUGAUGAAGUGUGUUCGCCUGCCCCUGCUGAGCCGGGACUUCCUGCUGGGCCACGUGGAUGCUGAGAGCCUGGUGAGGCAUCAUCCUGACUGCAAGGACCUGCUUAUUGAGGCCCUCAAAUUCCACCUGCUGCCUGAGCAGAGGGGUGUUCUGGGCACCAGCCGUACACGGCCUCGGCGCUGUGAGGGCGCUGGCCCUGUGCUCUUCGCUGUGGGUGGUGGGAGCCUGUUUGCCAUCCACGGGGACUGUGAAGCAUAUGACACACGCACUGACCGCUGGCACGUGGUGGCCUCCAUGUCCACGCGCCGGGCCCGGGUGGGCGUGGCCGCAGUUGGGAACCGGCUGUAUGCUGUGGGUGGUUACGAUGGGACUUCAGACCUGGCCACCGUAGAGUCGUACGACCCUGUGACCAACACCUGGCAGCCUGAGGUGUCCAUGGGCACGAGGCGCAGCUGCCUGGGUGUGGCUGCCCUGCACGGGCUCCUGUAUGCAGCUGGUGGCUACGAUGGGGCCUCCUGCCUCAACAGUGCUGAGCGUUAUGACCCUCUGACGGGAACAUGGACAUCCAUCGCCGCCAUGAGCACCCGGAGGCGAUACGUGCGUGUGGCCAUGCUCGAUGGGAACCUGUUUGCUGUGGGUGGUUACGACAGUUCAUCACACCUGGCCACUGUGGAGAAGUAUGAGCCCCAGGUAAACGCAUGGACCCCCGUGGCCUCCAUGUUGAGCCGACGAAGCUCAGCAGGGGUGGCGGUGCUGGAGGGGGCCCUCUACGUGGCCGGCGGCAAUGAUGGCACCAGCUGCCUCAACUCUGUGGAGAGAUACAGCCCUAAGGCCGGUGCCUGGGAAAGUGUGGCACCCAUGAACAUCCGAAGGAGUACGCAUGACUUGGUGGCCAUGGACGGCUGGCUGUAUGCCGUGGGGGGCAACGAUGGCAGCUCCAGCCUCAACUCCAUCGAGAAGUACAACCCGAGGACCAACAAGUGGGUGGCCGCGUCCUGCAUGUUCACGCGGCGCAGCAGCGUGGGCGUGGCAGUGCUCGAGCUGCUCAACUUCCCGCCCCCCUCUUCGCCCACGCUGUCCGUGUCGUCCACCAGCCUCUGACCCGCGGCGCGGACUGCACCAGAGGCCCGGCCCCGCGGCCUCCUACAUGCCUUAAGCCCCACAGGGCGGCCCCAGCGCCUCACGUGUCAG